AUGGCUGGUGAUUCUAGGAAUGCUAUGAACCAGGAUAUGGAGAUUGGGGUCACUCCCAGGGACCCAAAGAAGAUCCCCAAACAGGCCCGUGAUUACAUCCCCAUUGCCACUGACCGUACUCGCCUGCUAGCAGAAGGCAAGAAGCCCCGCCAGCGCUACAUGGAAAAGAGUGGCAAGUGCAACGUCCACCAUGGCAACGUCCAAGAAACCUACCGAUACCUAAGCGAUCUCUUCACCACCCUGGUGGACCUCAAAUGGCGCUUCAACCUGCUUGUCUUCACCAUGGUCUAUACCAUCACUUGGCUGUUCUUCGGUUUCAUUUGGUGGCUGAUUGCUUAUAUCCGGGGUGAUCUGGACCAUGUUGGUGACCAGGAGUGGAUUCCUUGUGUUGAAAACCUCAGUGGCUUUGUGUCUGCCUUCCUGUUCUCCAUUGAGACAGAAACCACCAUCGGGUAUGGCUUUCGGGUGAUCACAGAGAAGUGUCCGGAGGGGAUCAUACUCCUCUUGGUCCAGGCCAUCCUCGGCUCCAUCGUCAAUGCCUUCAUGGUGGGGUGCAUGUUUGUUAAGAUCAGUCAGCCAAAGAAGAGAGCAGAGACCCUCAUGUUUUCCAACAAUGCGGUCAUCUCCAUGCGGGACGAGAAGCUCUGCCUCAUGUUCCGGGUGGGUGACCUUCGUAAUUCCCACAUUGUGGAGGCCUCCAUCCGUGCCAAGCUCAUCAAGUCCCGGCAGACCAAAGAAGGGGAGUUCAUCCCCCUGAACCAGACGGACAUCAAUGUGGGCUUUGACACUGGGGAUGACCGUCUCUUCCUGGUGUCUCCACUCAUCAUCUCCCACGAGAUCAACGAGAAGAGCCCUUUCUGGGAGAUGUCUCGGGCCCAGCUGGAUCAGGAGGAGUUUGAAGUCGUGGUCAUUCUAGAAGGGAUGGUGGAGGCAACAGGCAUGACUUGCCAAGCACGGAGCUCCUACAUGGAUACCGAGGUGCUCUGGGGCCACCGAUUCACACCAGUCCUCACGUUGGAAAAGGGUUUCUACGAGGUGGACUACAACACCUUCCAUGACACGUACGAGACCAACACGCCCAGCUGCUGUGCCAAGGAGCUGGCAGAAAUGCAGCGGGAAGGCCGGCUCCUCCAGUACCUCCUGAGCCCGCCCCUGCCGGGGGGCUAUGCUGAAACAGGGCUGGGUACAGAGGCCGAGCAGGAGGGAGAGGACGAGCCUGAGGGGCUGAGUGGGUCCCGGGAGAACAGGGGCUCCGUGUGA